AUGGCAUUCACCUUUGCGGCCUUCUGCUACAUGCUGACAUUGGUGCUGUGCGCUGCUCUCAUCUUCUUUGUCAUAUGGCAGAUCAUUGCAUUUGAUGAGCUGCGCACAGACUUCAAAAACCCCAUUGAUCAGAGCAAUCCCACCAGAGCGAGGGAAAGGAUUCUCAAUAUCGAAAGAAUCUGCAACCUGCUUCGCAGAUUGGUGGUACCAGAGUACUCUAUCCAUGGGCUCUUCUGUCUGAUGUUCAUGUGUGCUGGAGAGUGGGUCACACUUGGCCUAAAUAUCCCACUGCUCUUCUACCAUCUGUGGAGGUUUUUCCACCGGCCAGCUGACGGGUCAGAGGUCAUGUACGAUCCUGUCAGUGUAAUGAACGCCGACAUUCUCAACUAUUGUCAGAAGGAGUCCUGGUGUAAGCUGGGCUUUUAUCUGCUCUCUUUCUUCUAUUAUCUCUACAGUAUGGUCUACGCCUUGGUGAGCUUCUAA